AUGACGGCGCAGGAGCCCGGGCCCUCGAAGAACCCCGCUGCACCCACCGAGAGCUCUGCCUCCGAGACGGAAAGCAGCUCCCAAGACUUGAGGAACCAGGUCGCGGCGCAGCAGCAACAGCAGGGAGUUCGUCGUCGGGAGGGGCGGCAGCGGCAGGUGUACGAGUACCAGCAGGGAGAAGACGGGUCCACCGCGCAGCAGGUUGCGCCGCAGAACGGGCAGCAGGUGCAGGGCAAAGGCAAGGGGGCGCCUUCGGUGCGGCUUGAUAUGGAUCUUGAUGUCGAUAUUGAGCUGAAGGCUAAGAUCCAGGGCGAUUUGACAUUAUCGAUACUGGGAGGAAACCAGGAGAAGAAGAAAUGA